AUGUCCGAAAGCGGCUCGGACAUUACUUCUUUAAUUAGCGACCUCUUUGGGUCCGAACGAGAUCCAGAGCGGGAGAGGCUGCGAGCCUCCGAUAGGUCCGGCGGCCGAGAGCGGUCCGGCGACCGGGAAGGGGCUGGCGAUGGAGAACGGCCUGGUGACCGAGAACGACCUCCUUCCGAGUCGGAGGAGGAGCCGUGGACGUUGGACAUUGAUUCGAUUGUGAGUUCGCCGCGGGAGGAGUGGGAGGAAUUGAGUCAGAGUGAGUGGGCAGGUUUCCGGCUUUUGUACAAGUUGAAUGACGAUUUGCGGCAGGAUUGUUACGUGGUUGAUGUGUUGCGAGUUGUAGAGCAUGAUGUGUGCACACGUGUGUUCGGAUUACGUACACAUCUGGACCGGUACAGGGUGUUGCCAUUGUCUGGUGAGGAAGGUUAUAUUGAGUUCGUGGAUGGGUCUAUGGCCUUUUCUUCGCUCGGGAAAGGGCACACACCAUUGCUGAGUCAUAUCCUUUCUUCUAAGAGCAACAAGAUCAAUUUUGUUGAGUCGCUUGCUGCCCACUGCGUGCUUACCUACAUCAUGGGAGUGGGAGAUCGUCAUCUGGAUAAUCUGAUGAUUACUCGGGACGGCCGUAUGUUUCAUGUCGACUACGGAUAUAUUCUCGGCAACGAUCCUAAACCUUUCGCACGGGUUCCCAUGCGUCUUACUAACGAAAUGACUUACGCUCUGGGAGGCAUAAGUAGCAAUACUUUUAUCACUCUUGUCAUACGCAUAAUUACACUUUGGUUCAACCUUAAGAAAACGUCCUAUGAACUUAAACUCCUCUUCCAACUAGUUAGUAAUACAUCUAUACAAGACAUACAAUAUACUAGAAAACACUUACAAACAAGAACCAACAAUGAAGCCACUCUACAGCACCUCAUGCUCAGCAAAGGAUUAGGGAGACUUAAUUUCAGCAAAGACGAUAUACUCUCGAUUCAGUUCUUAACUCACGACGUAAAUAAUUAUAACCUUAUGAUUCCUUGUGCAUGA